CUUCCAUAUAUCUCUCCCACUAUGGCAUCGCCUUCGCACCCCUUCGAUCCGUUGACUCCGAAGGAGAUCUCCCAGACAGCGAAGAUCGUCCGUCGCGCAAUUCCUGAAAGUAAUCCAAUUUUCCGCUUCAUCACUCUCAAAGAACCACCGAAGCAUGAGAUGAUUCCGUUUCUAGACCAGGAGCAUCGCGGGCAACCCCCGGAUGCACGUCCUGUCCGAACUGCUCGUGUUCAGGUGGUUAUUCAGGAUGCGAAGCUUUCUCCAAACAAGCUGGUUGAGCUUCUGGUUAAUAUCGAUGACGAGAAGGUUCUGCAUCAGGAGCAUCUCGUGGGGAAACACUCCUACAUCGAUCCCGAGUACAUGAAAUCCGUCGAAAAGGCUUGCUUGGCCGACUCCAGGGUUCAGGAGGAGAUAAAGAAGCUAGACCUGCCUGCUGGAGCAUCGGUCAUCGUCGAACCGUGGGCGUAUGCCACAGAUGGGGUGAAUGACAUGUCUGAACGGACUACAAUGUGCUGGUUCUACAUACGUCUCACCGAUAACCCAGACGCCAAUUACUACGCCUACCCCCUCGAUCUCUGCGCUGAGGUCGCUGAGCACCUCAUUGUGACGAAAGUCUACCAGCUCCCUUCAGCCGCUCACGAUCGUAUACACGAUGACUCGCGCCCCUAUGAUCGCCGCAAGAUCCACCCCACCGACGCCAGUGAAUAUCAUCCGAGUCUGCGUCCGGCUCCGCGCACAUCCACCAAGCCCUAUCAGGUCCUGCAGCCAGAGGGGCCGUCAUUCAUUACGCAGGGCAAUCUUCUCAUGUGGGAGAAAUGGAGCAUGCGUGUGGGCUUCAACCACCGGGAGGGUCUAACCCUCCACGAUAUCCGCUACGACGGUCGAAGUCUCUUCUACCGGCUCUCCCUGGCCGAGAUGUUCGUGCCGUAUGGCGAUCCUCGUGCCCCGUAUCCUCGUAAAGGCGCGUUCGAUCUCGGCAACGAUGGCGCCGGUAUCAAUGCGAAUAAUCUGCGUCUCGGCUGCGACUGUCUCGGCCAUAUCAAGUAUUUCGAUGGCUGGCAUAACACCGCGUCCGGGGAGGCUUUGAAACUGCCUAAUGUCGUCUGCUGCCAUGAGCAAGACGAUGGGAUUCUUUGGAAGCAUACCAACUUUCGCACCCAGAAUGCGGUGGUCACGCGCUCUAGGAUUCUUGUUCUCCAGACCAUCAUCACGGUCAGCAACUAUGAGUAUAUCUUUGCAUUCCAUUUCGGCCAGGAUGCCUCCAUCCACUACGAGGUCCGCGCCACGGGAAUCCUAUCCACCGCUCCCAUCAAUCUAGACGACACCGUCCCCUACGGCACCAUCGUUGCCCCUGGCACUCUGGCGCCGUACCACCAGCACCUGUUCAGUCUACGCAUCGACCCUGCCCUCGACGGGCACGCGAACUCCCUGCAAGUCGAAGAGUCCGUCCCCCUGCCCGUCGGAGAUCCCGACAUCCACAAUCCCUUCGGCGUCGGCUACACCACGACCUCCCAGAUCCUGCAGCACGAACAAGGCCUGGACCUCGAUUUCGCCAAGAAUCGCGUCUUCAAAAUCAUCAACGAGGCGAGCCGCAAUCCCAUCACCCACUCCCCUGUCGGCUUCAAGCUCCUCCCCUGCUAUAGCCAGAUGCUGCUCGCGCAUCCGUCGUCGUACCAUGCGAAGCGGUCUGAGUUCACAACCCACGCCGUCUGGGUCACCAGGUAUCAUGACGACGAGCUGUUUCCCGCCGGGAGACAUACCAUGCAGUCCGCGGGCGGGGAGGGUAUUGCGUCGGCGAUUCAGCAGCGGAGUGCGGAGCGAGCGUCCGUGAGGAAUGAGGAUAUUGUCGUCUGGCAUACGUUUGGGUCGACGCAUAAUCCGCGAAUCGAGGAUUGGCCCGUCAUGCCGUGCGAGAAGAUGGUGGUGGGUCUGAAGCCGGUGAAUUUCUUUACGGGGAAUCCCGGCUUGGAUGUUGCGGUUUCGACGCAGGAGAGGAAUCGGAGUGUAUUGGUUGGUUGUGGAGGGGGCGAUGAAGGGGCUGACGGCGGUGCUUGUCAUUUAUUGUGAUGGAGCCUC